AUGGCAUCUGCACCCUUUGAGAUCAAAGGCCCCCUGCCUGCACCUCACUCGAAUUACUACCGGCCACCCACCCCACCGGGACUGUCGUACUCGCAGUCCUUCGAGGCGCCGUUCUACAUGGACGAGAAGACCAAAUACAUCCACCCUCCGACGUCGCAGCCACCACAACAGGCACCUCCUCCGUCGUUCAACGAUGCGACCAUGGUGUCGAUCCCCGCCGACAUGUUUGACCGGAUGUUCUUGCAGGUCCAGAACCAGGACCCGGCGACAGGCGGGAGAAGCGCGAAGCAGACGUUCGCCAACCCGACUCCUCUGUCCAUUGUUGGGUUUUUGCUCUGUCUGAGCCCUCUGAGCUGUGACUUGAUGGGCUGGCGAGGGGCAGGUGGCAAUGGAGCUGCGUCAGUCGGAGCCUACUUCUUCAUCGGCGGCGUGCUGAUGCUUCUGGGCGGCUUCCUCGAAUGGGUCGCGGGCAACACGUUCCCGUUCGUCGUCUUCGCCUCGUUCGGCGGCUUCUGGUUCUCGUACGGCGCGACCCUCCUGCCCUUCUUCAACGCCUUUGGCGCCUACUCGCCCGACCCGGAGGACCUCACGGCGGGGCUGGCGAGCAAGGGCUUCAACGCCUCGUUCGGCUUCUUCAUGAUCUUCAUGGCCGUGCUGUGCCUGAUCUACCUGGUCUGCGCGCUGCGCACGAACCUGGUCUUCGUCGUCAUCUUCGCCGGCCUCUUCUGGGGUUUCACCCUGUUGACCACGACGUUCUGGCUUCUCGCCGACGGCGGCGCCGGCGCCGGCACCACCCUGUACAUCGCCGGCGCGAGCUUGGGCGUCAGCUGCAUCGCCGGCUGGUACCUGCUGCUGGCGCUGCUGCUGAGCGCGGUCGAGUUCCCCAUCACUCUCCCGCUGGUCGACCUGAGCGGGUGGCUUCGGUGGAGGAGGUCCUAG